GCAUUUCCCAGAAAACACAAUAGAAAUUAUAUACAUAUAUAUAUAUAUAUAUAAUAUUGUACUCAAAAUCUGUUUUUAUUGAUUAUUAUAUUUAUAUUUAUGAUUAUGGAGGGAAUGAAGAAAACUUAUGUGGUUGUUAUUCUUAUACAAGCAAUUUAUGCCGGCAUGCACUUGCUCUCCAAGGCAGCUUUUGGUGGCGGUAUGAACAAUUUCGUCUUUAUUUUCUAUAGACAAGCCACUGCCACUGCCUUUCUACUUCCUCUCGCUUUGUUUCUUGAAUGGAAAAAUGCACCAAGGCUUUCGUUUGUGACCUUCUGCAAGAUUUUCCUGCUUUCUUUAUUCGGGAUAACUUUAAGUUUGGAUAUCUAUGGCCUUGCGCUAGUGUAUACCUCGGCUACUUUGGCUGCUGCUACUACAAACUGUCUUCCAGUCAUUACUUUCUUCUUGGCAGUUUUACUCGGGAUUGAAGUGUUGAAGCUGAGAACAAAACCAGGAGUGGCAAAGCUCAUUGGCAUAAUAAUCUGCAUAGCUGGAGCUGCUUGCCUUGCCUUGUACAAGGGACCACAUUUCAGAUUUCAUUUUAGCCCUUUUGGUCACCACCAUAAUGUUCAACAACCACACCAUCUUCCUACAAGCAAAACUUGGGUCAAAGGUUGCUUUCUUAUGCUCCUUUCCAACUUCUUUUGGGGCCUAUGGCUUAUUUUUCAGGCACAAAUAAUGAAGAGCUACCCAUCAAAGCUUCUAUUCACAGCUCUGCAGUGCCUUUUGAGCUCAGUUCAGACCUUUGCCAUUGCCAUUGCCAUGGAAAGACGCCCUUCUGAGUGGCAGCUUGGAUGGAAUGUCAGACUUCUUGCCGUCACUUACUGUGGAAUUGUAGUGACUGGUGUGACAUACUACUUACAAGCAUGGGUAAUUGAGAAGAAGGGACCCGUUUUCUUAGCCAUGUGGACACCUUUGGCCUUAAUCAUUACAAUAUGUUCUUCAGCAAUUCUCUUGGACGAGGUCAUCACUUUAGGAAGUAUUUUAGGUGGGAUGUUGUUGAUCUUAGGGCUUUACAGCGUUUUGUGGGGAAAGAGCAAAGAACGGGAGAAAACUGUUGAGAUCAGUAGUUUACCAGUCGAGAAAGAAAGUUCAGAAUUAAAAGAAAUUGUAGUAACAAAGAGUAUUGUAUAAUAUAUUUUAUGCAAAUUUAUUUAUGCAUUAAAUACGCCAAGCGAAAAUGAGAAAAAAAGAGCUAAAAUACUGGAUCUGAUCAAUCCACAUCGAAAAAUAAAUAUUAACGUAGUUAGCUUGCAAGCAAUGCUUGAAUAAUAUUAAAGUAGUCGUUGUAUUUUUUGUUAUCAUUGAUAGUAUUAAUGAAAAUU